AUGGGCUGCUUCUCCUUCCGGCGGGCCGCCGCCGCCUCUCGAGACUAUCGCCAUUCCUCCAAAUCAGCUGUCGACACCGGCGAUGACACGGAAGUGAUGCAAACUCCAAAGAGCAACAGACGUAGCACCCUGCCGGUGGACUACUCCGACAGUCGGCAGCGCCGUCUGUCGCGGCAAAUCACGCCGCACACGUCGCCGUGCACCGCGCACCUCGCGAAUGCGUCAUCCGCGCCGGAGGCCGGGCUGGCGGCGCAGGGGCGCUCCUGCAACGAGAGCAAGGGUGCGGUGCACGUGCGCAACGUCCACUCCCGCAGCACCGCGGACGUCGGCACGCCCGCGUGCGGGUUGGCGCAGGAGCACCAACGCUUGGCAGCGAAGCAGCGCGCAGCCGUGCAGCUCGUCUUGGACGGGCUGGCGGACGGGAGCCAGAAGCACGACUCGACGCGCUCGAACUCGCGUCGCCCCCGGCAGAGCAGGCCGCUGUUGCCGUCCGGAGUCGCGCUCAAGAUCCACAACUCGGCCAGUAUGAUGGCGCAAUCGGGGCUCGUCUCCGCGCGCGCCUCCGCCGGGGACACGUCGAUCAAGUCGCACGACGCCUGCAACUUCAUCCGCGCGUACCCGAUGACGCGCUCCACGUCGAUCGCCGCCGGCGGCCCCCUGGCGUCUCUCGUGCGCUGCCCCUCUGGAGAACAGCACCCGCGGCGCGGGUCCGCGGUCUGUUCCACCCCGGGCAUCAGCCGCCUCAGCCACACCGCGCCGCGCUACUGCGCGGACGCCAGGCCCAACCUCCGGGUGACGACCGAGGUGGCCGAGUAG